AGAUGGAAGUUGAGCUGCAGCUUCUAUCAAACUUUCAACGCAUUGCCGGUGUCCAUACCACGCUGCAUAGUGCACUGCAAGAUGCCCAACUUCGUCAACGACAUCAACGCGACUACCAGCCUGCAGAAGGACUUGGACGCAAGAAAGGUGGCCAUGGCGUGCAGCGUGGAAAAGAGGGGUCCACUCAUGGUAUUUAUCGCAAGUGUCCCAUCCUACAUAACUCAAAAGUAUCUUGCAGACGUCAGCGUGACCCUCGCGAGCUGCUAAAUGAAUAGGAUAUUCUCCGCUGCUGUUGGGCAGACUUUUGGCACCAUGUUCCAGCAGCAGUAGAACCACGUCGACAUGUCCAUGUUGACUAGCCAGGGACAACGGCACGAGAUCGCUAACAGUGGUCGACUGACGUGCUAGGGCCGAAUCCUGGAGUAGUACUUUGACACAAC